AUGCAGUCACUAGAAAAUGUGCUGGUAAACAACGACUUUAUUUACGAGACACGGGAAGAACCCGGAACAGAGAUCGUAACAGAGAUCUUCUUUCUUCAUCGGGACUCGAGAGUCAUGUGGCGUGCAUUCCCCCACGUCAUGAUGAUCGAUGCGACGUACAAGACAAGCAUAUACAAUAUGCCCUUUAUCCAGAUUGUUGGUAUGACGCCUACCAACAAAUCGUUUAUUAUCGCGCAUGCCGUUGUUAGUAAAGAACGGGGUGAUAACUUUGUGUGGGUGCUUGAGAGGGUUAAGUCAAUGUUGGAUGAAUGUAUGGAGCCACGUGUGAUUUUAACGGAUAGAGACCUAGCCCUUAUGGGCGCGUGUGCUAAAGUAUUUCCAGACGCCUCCAGGCUUCUUUGCAGGUGGCACAUACAACAGAAUGUUAUGAAGCACUGCAAGGUCUUCAAAUACGUGUACGAUAACUGGCUAAAAUACUAUAAGGAGAUGUUUGUCUUUGCGUGGACUGAUAAGAGGCGCAACUUUGGUAAUCGUACUACAAACAGAGUUGAGAGCCAACACGCCAACUUAAAGAGAUACGUCCUAGAUAGGAGCUCGCUGGACCGUGUAGUUGGUUGUGUCCGGGAUAUAGUUGAGACACAGUUCGGUGAAAUAAGGAAGACUUUUCGAGAAAGCAUCGAAAAAACAAUGAAACACCACAAACACCCGAUGUUUCAACACCUAGUUGAAAAAGUAUCUCAUACAGCCCUUGACUUGUUGCAUGGAGAGGCAAUUAGGAAGCUAGAUGUCUUGGAGCGCUUUAAUUCAUCAUGUGGUUGCCAAAUGUGGCACAGCUGUGGGUUGCCCUGUGCUUGUAGGAUAGAAAAGUACAUGCGUGAAGAGCGUCCGAUUCAACUCGAAGACAUAGACGUGUUUUGGCGGAAACUUAACUUCCAAAGUUGUAAAUUGAUAGACGACUCCGUUGACGUGGUCGAAGAGCUAGAUGUUGUUAGACAACAAUUACAGUCGCACCCCCCAGCUCAGCAAAAAAGCCUGCUUUCAAAGAUUAAAGCGGUGUUGACUCCAACGAAAUCUACCAAGAAACCACCGGUUGUCCAACAAAAUACUCGUGGCCGACCAACAACAAAGCAGUUUAAGUAUGCCAUUCCGCCAGUGUUCCAUCCGUACGUCUCGUGCAUACGAGAUGUGAUGCCGGACGGUCAUUGUGGGUUUCGGUCUGUGGCUGUGGGCUUAGGGAUGGAUCAGAGUUCAUGGGGGCUUAUUCGAAGGGACCUUGUCCAAGAAAUGGAUCAGAACGAAUCGAUCUGGUUCCCAAUAUUUGAAGCAUGGGCUGAAGGUUAUUUUUACACGCAUCGUCAGGGCCUAAUUUGGGAUUCAGUGGCCGGUUGUGGGGAGAAUCGCUGGAUGGACUUCCCCUUUGCAGGACUUCUUAUUGCACAAACGUACGGUAUCGGGGUGCACCUGUUAACGACAACCAUGGGUGCGAGUUCCACUUACUUCCCAAUACUAAGUCCUCCGGCUAAUCAACAACCAUUAUUCAUAACGCUUACACAUGUUAACGAGAACUACUUCAUACAUGUUAAGCUGGAAGGGGAUAAUCCUAUGCCACCAGCACACGGGCUAUGGUUGACCCACCGAAGACCCCAUAUAGAACAAUGGGAAGAUAUGUACUUGCCACGUCUAGAAUGGUAUACAUCGAUAAUGAAUCCUCGGCCAAGAUCAAACCCCAGUCUUGAUUACAUAGAUAGUUAUACGGAAGAAUGA